AUGCCACUGCCUCUACCAUCCCGAAGCUCCAAACCUGAGACUAAGAAAUCACAGUCGAGCAAAAUUGUGCCCGGUGAUCAUGGCCAAUCUGAAAAGAGAGGGGAGAAUUACCAAGCAAAGAUCUCUUCAUGUUCACCUAAGAGACGAUGCAAAAAGAGAUCAGCUUUUGAAGAUCUCACCAAUGCUUCUCAAAGUCAACCUGCCCAGCUCAAGAAGGAAGCCAAUAAGGAGUUUGUUAAAGAUGUUUCCAAGAAGAUAAAAGGGAACACAGCUGCUCUUGGGUUGGCCAAAAACAAUGAGAUGAAUAAGGAAAGUUAUAAGCUGGAACCCUCACCAGUAGUAGUCUCUACUACCUUGGUACCAAAUAUUAUGGAGAAACCACUCAUUCUGGAGAUACCUACCAUCUCUAAAACAACCACUACUGAGGAGGUAUCAUUUUUCAAAAAGCCAUUAAUUUUAAAAGAGGAACUCACUACUGAGGACACAGGCCUUUUCGAGAGGUCAUUAUCUUUAAAGAAGUCCACAAAUCAGGGGGAGGUAUCCCUCAUGGAGAAGCCACCAUCCUUACAGGAGGAAGCUGACAAUGCUGAUGAGUUUGUUGUAGAGCCAAUGACUUUUGGGAAGAAGCAUAAAACUGAGAAGGCAGCCAUCACCAAAGGAACAUUAUCUUUUAAGAAGAUGUGUACAUAUCAGGGGGACUUGGCUUUGCAGAACAUCACUGUUGAAGGGGAUUCCUUCUUUAUGGAGCCAACAAACUUUAGAAAGAAGCCUAAAACAGAGGAGGCAACCCCCACCAAUAAGUUGUUAUCUUUAAGGAAGAAGAAGUAUACCACUCAGGGGAAGGUGUCCCAUAUGAAGAAACCACUAGUAUUGCAGAAGACCACCUCUGAAGAGGAGUCCCUCAUUAAGGAGCCACUGGCUUUCAAGAAGAAACCUACCAGCAAGGAGGCAACCUUCACCUUGAGGCCAUUAUCUUUAAAGAAGAAGUGUACUAUUCAAGGGAAGUUGGCUCACUUGAAAAAGCCAUUAGAAUUGCAGAAGACCACCUCUGGAGAGAAGGCACUCAUUAAGGAGCCAUUGGAGUCUCUCUUCCAGGAGCCAUCUGCAUUGCAAGAGAAGCACACCACUGGUGGGGAGGUGGUCCUCUUGAAGAAGCCACAGGCAUUGCAGGAGGAGAAGGACAGUAAGGAUAAAUAUCUUAUGGAGCCAAUGUCCCUUAGGAAGAAACGUACUACCAAGGAGACAAACCCCACCAAGAAACCGUUACCUGUAAAGAAGAAGUGUACCAUUCAGGGGAAGAUGUACCACUUGAAGAAGCCACUAGCAUUGCAAAAGAUCACCUCUGGAGAGAAGUCAUUCAUUAAGGAGCCACGGUCCCCUAAGAAGAAGGACACCACUGAGGAGUCCCUUUUCCAUGAGCCACCCAUGUUGCAAGAGGAGCACACCACUCAGGAGGACGUGUCCAUCUUGAAGGCCUUGACCUUGCAAAAGACUCUAACUGAAGAGGAGUCACUUUUAAAGGAGCCUUUGGCCUUUAAGAAGAAACGUACCAUUGAGGAGGCAACCCCCACCAAGAUGCUAUUAUCUUUAAAGAAGAAAAAGUGUACUAGUCAGGGCAAGGUGUCCUGCUUGAAGAAGCCACUAGUAUUGCAGGCAACCUCUGGAGACAAGUUGUCCUUUAAAAAGAAGUCUACCACCGAGGAGGAGUCUCUCUUCAAGGAAUCACCUAUGUUGCAAGAGAAGCAUACCACGCAUGGGGAGGUGGCUCUUUUGAAGAAGCCAGGGGCAUUGCAGGAGAAUGUUGAUGGUGAAGAUGAAUUUCUUAUGGACCCAGUUCCCUUUAGGAAGAAACAUACCACAGAUGAGGCAGUCUCUACCAAGGAGCCUUUAUCUUUAAAGAAGAAAAAGUGUGCCCCUCAAAUAAUGAUGUCCAUCUGCCAAGAAAUGUUGGACUUGCAGAAUAUGAUUAGCAAGGAUAAGGAGUCCUUCUUUAUGGAGCCAGUGUCACUUAGGAAGGAGUCUUCAACUGAGGAGGCAAUCCUUACCAAGACACCAUUAUCUUUAAAGAAAAAACAAUUCAUGCAGGGGAAGAUGUUCCUCUUAAAGAAGCCACUGGUCUCAGAGAAGACCACCUCUGAAGAAGAGUCACUCUUUAAGAAGCUAUUGCCCUUUAAUAAAAAGUCUAUAACUGAAGAGGAGUUCCUCUUCCAGGAUCCACCUGUAUUGAAAGAGAAGCACACCACUCUGCAGGAAGUGUCCCUCUCAACUAAGCCAUUGGCCUUGCCAGAAAAGACCACCACUGAAGAAGAAUUGUAUAUUAAGGAACCAUUGACCUUAGAGGAGAAGGCUACUACUGAGGAGGAAUUCCUUUUUCAGGAGCCAUUUUCAUUGCAUGUUAAACCUACCAACAAAGAUGAGUCCCUCUUCUGGAAGGCUUUGGGCUUGCAGAAGAAGACUGAUACCAAAGAGGAUUCCUUGAAGAAGCUGUUGGCUUUGCAGGAGAAGUGCACUACUGAAGAGGAAUCCCUUUUAAAUAAACCAUUGGUUCUGAAGGAGGAGCUCUCCAUUGAGGUGGCAACAAGCCUUGAGAAGCAAUUAUCUUUAACGAAGAAACCCAUUGCUCAGGGGGAGGUGUUCCUCUUGAAGAAGCAUUUGGCCUUGCAAGAGAAUAUCACCAAUGAAGAGUCCUUUAUUAAGCAACCACUGGCUUUUCAGAAGCCCAGCUUUGAGGGGACCAUCCCAAGGGAGUCCUUGGCCUUGCAGGAGAAUCCCACAGUUGAAGAAGAAACCCUCUUCAAGGAGCCAUUGUCCUUUCAGGAGAAACCUACCCUCAACGAGACAUUCCAUGUCAAGGAGACAUUUGCCUUGAAUGAGAAACCCACCACUGGGAAGGAGUUGUCCCUGAAGGAGCCAUUGGCCUUGCAAGAGAAUCCCACCCAAAAGGAAGAUAACUCUUUCAAAGAUUUCUUGAUCCUCCAAGUUGAAACCAGCUCAUAUGUGUCCAGCACUGCCCCCGAACCCAGAACAGGCCUGUCCAGUGUGGGCAAGUUCAAUAUCACAAGCAAGUCCAGUGCUUGUGAAUCCAGUUCCAAUAAACCUUCCUCAUCUUGGGGCAAGAGGUCACAGAAGGAGGUAACCCCAUUGGAGGAUAUUGACAAGAACCACAGUGAUCCAUUUUUCAACCCAAUAUAUGCCAAGGAUAUCUUCAGUUACAUGAAAGAGAGAGAGGAAAAGUUCAUACUUAAAAAAUACAUGAACAGGCAGACUGACAUCAGCAGUUGCAUGAGGGCCAUUCUUGUGGACUGGUUGGUAGAGGUGCAGAUGACCUUUGAGAUGAGUCACGAGACCCUGUACUUGGCAGUGAAACUGGUGGAUCACUACCUUAUGGAGGUAGUAUGCAAGAGGGACAAGCUACAACUCCUUGGUUCCACUGCAUUUCUGAUUGCAGCAAAAUUUGAGGAGUCCUGCCCACCUUGUGUAGAUGACUUCCUAUACAUCUGUGAUGAUAUUUAUCAGCGAGAUGAGAUGCUCACCAUGGAAAUCAGCAUCCUGCAAACUCUCAAAUUUGAUAUCAACAUUCCCAUCGCCUAUCAUUUCCUGCGCAGAUAUGCUAGGUGUCUCCGUGCCAACAUGAAGACACUGACUUUGUCCCGCUUCAUCUGUGAGAUGACUCUGCAGGAAUACGACUAUGUCCAGGAGAGGGCUUCCAAACUAGCUGCUGGCUCCUUCCUCCUGGCCCUCUAUAUGAAGAAGCUCGGACACUGGGCUCCUGCCCUGGAGUAUUACAGUGGCUACAAGACCUCUGAUCUUCACCCCUUGGUCAAGCAGCUAAACACCCUGCUGACAUUGCGUCCUUGCAACAAGCUCAAGACUGUGCAUUCCAAGUAUUCUCACCGGGUCUUCUUCGAAGUCACCCAAAUCCCCCCCUUGGACAUGUUGAAGCUAGAGGAGAUUUUCAACUACUGCAAAGUCUGAGGCUGAGGAGCCGGCACACUGGCAGCGGCCACCAGGGCCAGGCAGGCAUUAAAAUAAGCUGUUACUUAUUCUGUCUCUGAAUGUGUCUUUUGGUCGCUUGUGUUUCGUUUUUACUCUUUUGUUUGUCUUUUC